AUGCGUCCGCUUCCGGUGCUACUUCUGUCUGCCUUUUCUUACUGCGUCUCUGCAGCAGAUUACCAUGAGCAACUGAAUCUUCGACCGCUGCCGCUUUCCGCCCUGCUGGCCAGCUUCAAUUUUCGUUCAAACUCGACACUCCACGACUUUGAGUCCCAAAACUUUGGCUACUUUCCCCGGUCGCUCGGGCAAAUUCUCCAACAUGCUGGCACGAAAGAGCUGCACUUGAGAUUCAGCUUGGGACGAUGGGACGCCGAGAGUUGGGGCGCUCGACCAUGGGAGGGCCAGCGAGAAGGUGGCACAGGUGUUGAGCUAUGGGCCUGGCUGGACGCACGUUCAGACGAAGAGUACGAGGCCGACGAGAAGUGGCUGAUUCUUACGAACGCACUGUCUGGGCUGUUUUGCGCCUCCCUGAACUUUGUCGAUGUCACACGAACUACCCGGCCUGUCAUGUCUUUCCGACCAGAGGGCCACCACUCGAACGCCUCCAUCCCGAAUCUUCGUCUGCUACACGGUGUGCUUCCAAAGGAAGUCGUGUGCACCGAGAAUCUGACACCGUUUCUGAAGCUGCUGCCAUGCAAAGGUAAGGCUGGUGUGUCGAGCCUGCUUGACGGCCACAAGCUGUUUGACUCUAGCUUUCAGAGCAUGUCCAUUGAUGUUCGCCCAUUGUGCCCUGAGAAUGGCGAAUGCGUGCUGGAAAUUGAGCAAACCAUCGAUAUGGUCCUUGACGUCGAGCGCUCCAAGCGUCCGCAGGGAAAUCCUAUUCCCCGCCCUCCUCCGAGCCAAGAUUUAAAGUGCGACUCUUCCAAACCCUACCAUGCCGAUAACACCUGCUUUCCCGUUAGCCAUGCCUCGGGCCAAGAAUGGCAUCUUUCACAUAUUUUUGGACGGCCCAUUACCGGCACGUGUCCGUUGGCCGAUCCAGAAAGUGCCCCGGUCUGCUUAGAGGUCCCUGAGUCCAGAAGCGUCUACACCUCUGGCGGGGUUUACGAGACAAAAAACCCGAAUGGCGUCUCCCGUUGUUUUACGUUCGAUGUCAACGGCGACUUCGACAUCAUACUGCCAGCACUGGAUGCCGAAGCGACCGCCGUAGCACCAGCCGAGCUGGUCGACGCGCCCACCCCUCUAAUAUACGCCGAAAGGUCCUUGAUGGGACACGGACAAGAGCGUGGCGGUGUUCAGGCUAUCCUGACGAAUCCAAGCCCUGACACAGAAGUAGAAUUUAUCUACAUGGAGUCGCUACCUUGGUUUAUGAGAGUGUAUCUUCACACGCUCGAAACUCGCAUCAAUGGAAACAUCAACCAGCAAGCGUCCAUUGUUGAGCAAGUUUUCUACCGCCCAGCCAUCGAUCGCGCAAGGGGCACUCAGCUGGAGUUGCGCAUGCGAAUUCCACCUGAUUCGACAGUGUUCUUGACGUACGAAUUCGAAAAGACCAUUCUUCGCUAUACCGAGUACCCGCCAGAUGCGAAUCGCGGUUUCGAUGUUGCCGCAGCUGUCAUCACGACUAUCAGCCCUCGCGUCCAAAGCGUGCGAACCACCACGUUGCUGCUCAACUUGCCAGUACCGGACUUUAGCAUGCCUUACAAUGUUAUCAUCUUCACAUCGACUGCCAUUGCGCUCGCCUUUGGUGGCCUGUACAACAUUCUGGUCCGACGGCUCGUUGCCGCCGAUGAGGCCCCGAGCCCGCUUGCUCGGGCCAAGUUGGGAAAGCUUCUUGCAAGGUUCAGGUCCAGGAAGUGA